UGAGAUGUUCAAAUUUUAAAAAAUCAUGAUUCAGCUGUAACAUGAAUUGUAUUUUUUCUAUCCUUGUUAAGUUCCUUGUUUCUAUCACUAUAUAAGAGAAGUUUAAACUUCAGUAAAAUUACAGCAGUUCACUAAAACUCUUGGUGUCUGUCUGUCAUUUCCUGCGCCGUAUCCUGACCUCUCCUGAUACCUUCGACCCUGACCUCCCGCGGUCUGACACUCUCCGCCAGAGCGGUCCGCGGCAGCUGGCGCCCGAACAGGGACCUGAAGGACAGGAUGCCGAGUCCCCCAUUUGGGUUCCGGACCGACACAUCAGACCUGCCCCGAAAGAAAAGGAAGCAGAAGCGGAGGCAACGGAAGCAGCAGAAGCAGCUGAUUCUGCAAAUGAAGAAACUGAAAGGCAACCGGGGAAAGCCAAUGACCUGGACUCAAUUUCGCUCGCUGACGCGACAUGCUAAAGAACUUUUAAUUGAAUUGGGGAAACCCCCGACGCCUGCAUGUUAUUUCUUGGCCUUUCUUUCUCUCCUCUCUGCUACCCCUCUACCCACAGAGGGGGUUUCCUAUUGGGCUUAUGUUCCAGAUCCUCCCAUCAUCCAGCCCAUAGGCUGGAUGGACCCACAACACAUUAAAGUGUUAACAAAUGAUUCACUAAGAAUAGGCGGUGCUCAGAAUUCAGAGCUCCGCCCUAGCACAUCCUCCUUUAUAAAUUUUGAGGGCAGAGCAGAUUCGUUACCGGUCUGCCUGACUCUUCAGGGAAAGGCUCCUCAUGGCUGCUUUACUACACGCUAUAGGACCUUUCUUACAGAUUCUCCUGAUAGGGCACAACUCGGUGAUUCCUCAGGUAAAAGAUGGAUAUGGGAGGUUCAAAUGCAGACUUUGGGUGAUCCUUUAUAUAAAGAAGUCUUUGUAAAUAGGCAAACAAGUCCUGAAGUACAGAGUAUUGAAAAAUACAGGGAUAAGGAUAAGUUCUGGGAUGCAGCAUUAACCAAUAAUCCAACAUGGUUACAAUGUGCUUUUCCUCAUGCGGCUACUUGGUAUGCUUCAGUUAAUUUGACUGAUGAAAAUUUAUUAGUAUGGGAUUAUUCUAAUUCUAAUAAUGGCUCCAAUAAGAUUUAUGAAAAUUAUAUUACACAAAAUAAGGAAAAAUUUCAUAAUUAUACUUAUGAUGGCCUUGGAGAGCCUCUUAGAAGUUGGUUUUCACCUGGGAUAGUAGAACCUACCUGGUUCAUCGAACAAGGAAAUAUCACAAGGCGGCAGUCUGACCUAUUUCGGUUAGUGGCCGCAGCCAAUAUGUUCUUGGAAAAGAAACCUGGUGAAAAGAAGUCUUUAGCUUAUGGUUUGCGUGCAUGUUUAUCCUAUCCCUAUGCCAUGCUUCUUGCGCAGCAGGCUUUUGUUAAUAUUUCCCAAGAGCCCGGAAAUUCUUAUUCGGUUACUUGCCAUUCCUGUAAAUUGACUAAUUGUAUUUCUUCAGCGGAACCAAAGGAUUUGGACACAGUUAUAAUCGUUCGGCGCCCUCCUUAUGUUUUGUUGCCAGUAGAGCUUGGUGAAGAGCCUUGGUAUGAUAAUGCUGCUUUACAAGUUUUAGAGGAUUUUAAUGCCCUUAUUAGGCCAAAACGUUUUGUUGCUGCUCUUGUUCUUUGCAUUGCUGCUUUAAUAUCAAUUUUAACUACUUUUACUGUUGCCACCACGGCAUUGGUUGAGACAAUUCAAACUGCACAGUUUGUUAAUAACCUCAAUCGCAAUGUUUCUCUUGCUUUAACUCAGCAGGAAUUAAUUGAUAAGAAAUUGGAAUCAAAACUAAAUGCUUUGGAGGAAGUGGUGAUUGCACUUGGUCAGGAAAUGAGCAAUCUUAAAAAUACGCUUUCAGUUCGCUGUCAUGGCAAUUUUAAGUCUAUUUGUGUCACACCUCUGCCUUACAAUACCUCUGAACCUUGGGAAAAAGUAAAAGCACAUCUGCAGGGAGUCUGGACAAGCAGUAGCAUUUCCCAUGAUAUUGACUAAUUACAAAAGGAUAUCUCAGCCAUGAGUCAGUCGCAUCUACAGUUAGGGGGGCUUCAACAACUAGCCUCCAGCCUUCAGUCUAAUGUAAAGGCUCUUAAUCCUUUAGAUUGGCUACAAUACUUUAUAUUUCUUGGCAUCCUUGUCUUGCUUUUCCUUAUAGUAAUUUUUCUGUUUCCUCCUCUUAUAUCAUGUCUUUUCAAGACACUCAAAACAGUGCAACAGGAUAUCUUUGAGCUCCGUUUUAAAAACAAAAAGGAGGAACUGCUACACCCACAACGGUGACCCCUGUGUAACUGUAGCAGAAUGCCGCUCUACUGGGGGGAACCGCGUGAAGGGAUGGGGUCAGAGCUUCUCGAAGCGGAGCCCCAGGCAGUCUCCUAGAGAGAAGCCCGACCCAUGAGAGCCGCCAGAAGAUCCCUGCGCUGCCGAGCAAUAUAUUCUGUUCUCUUUAUGCUUUUCUGCGUAAUCUAUCACUUUGCUAUCUGUUUCCCAAGCACAGGCUAACCCAGAUUCUAAAAAGGAAGCUGGCAAUGCCACCAGCCCUGAGAUGGAUAACCCACUGCUCGAGGCACCUCCAUUUAUCCAGGCUGUUUAUACAGAAGCUGGAUACAAUAAGACUAGUAAUCAAACUCUGGGAGAUUUCCUUAAUGCUGUGAAACGAAGAGAAUUCCUUAUAGAACACUUCCCGGAGGAUAUACUCAGUAUCUGAUUAAGGGGAGAUGGUGGACGGCGCCACGAUGGGUGCCGAAGCAAGGAAACUAUUUAGAGCCCCUACCAUAUACAGGAGGCUAUGAUGAGCGGGGUUACAGAUGGGUCAACCAUAAAGGCAAGAGAGUUCUUUGGAAUUCAUUAAACUUCAUGGAACGGUUACGUAGAAGCAGGAGACCAUGGUGUAUUUAUGAUGAAAAGGAGAGACGAGCCAUUUUAGAAAAUAUGAUGCCAGCCUUAAGAUACUGGCAUGCUUGCUUAUGCAAGCAGUUGUGGGAAGCCUUGUAUCGCAGAUGUGAUUCCUUUAAAGAACACAUUGCUAAGUACAUCAGAGGGGAGCUAAAACUGUCCAUGUAAAAAGAGGAAGUUGACACUUGUCUCUAAAGAUAUGCUAGACAUGAUUCACCGAGCAGCCAGUUCAUGACCAACCGCAGAGCCACAAAUAAUUGUAUUAAUAGAUAAACUUAUGCUAUGUCUGAUCUGGGGCUGGAAACUUUUCGCUGAGAUGUUCAAAUUUUUAAAAAAUCAUGAUUCAGCUGUAACAUGAAUUGUAUUUUUUCUAUCCUUGUUAAGUUCCUUGUUUCUAUCACUAUAUAAGAGAAGUUUAAACUUCAGUAAAAUUACAGCAGUUCACUAAAA